GCGGGCCGCGCCAUGUGGCGCGCGCUGCGCGGGGUCGGGUGCGGGGCUUUGCGGAGUUACCGCGGCGCGAGGGGACUGAGGGGCUCUGAGGUACCGCCGGGGCGGGCACGGAGUAGGACCUGUGCUACCAUCACCAUGCCUGAAGUAAACACAGACCACCUGGAUGAGCAGCAGGUGCAGCUCUUGGCAGAGAUGUGCAUCCUUAUCGAUGAAAAUGACAAAAGGAUUGGAGCAGACACCAAGAAAAACUGUCACUUGAAUGAAAACAUUGAUAAAGGUUUACUACACCGAGCUUUCAGUGUUUUCUUAUUUAAUACAGAAAAUAAACUGUUGCUGCAGCAGAGGUCAAAUGCAAAAAUUACAUUUCCAGAUUGUUUUACCAACACCUGUUGCAGCCACCCUCUAAGCCAUCCACUAGAACUGGAAGAAAAUAAUGCCAUCGGUGUUCGGAGAGCAGCACAGAGACGACUGAAAGCAGAGUUAGGAAUUCCCAUGGAGCAGGUAACUCCAGAAGAAAUCUCCUACCUGACACGAAUUCACUACAAGGCCAAGUCUGAUGGGAUCUGGGGAGAACAUGAGAUAGACUAUAUCUUAUUUGUACAGAAGGAUGUGACACUGAAUCCCGACCCUAAUGAGAUCCAAAGCUACUGCUAUGUGACACAGAAAGAACUGAAACAGCUCCUGGACAAAGCUGCCAAGAAUGAAGUGAAGAUCACUCCGUGGUUUAAGCUCAUAGCAGAGACCUUUCUGUUCAAGUGGUGGGAUAACUUAAGUAAUUUGAACAAAUUUGUUGAGCAUGAAAAAAUACACCGAAUGUAAAUAGCUGGGGUAAAAGGUGCUGAAGGCCAGCAAUGAUGUGCUGUCUCAUUGACACUGUGGUAAAUCAUGACUUGGGUGCAGAGAAUUGGUCUACCUGGAGUAUGUUUAGUAUCUUGGUAUAGAGGUUGUUAUAGCCAGCGUUUUUAAUUCUGCUUUCAUCACCUCCUCUGCCCCCUCAUCCUUGUUCUCUUGUGCAAAUUACCUUGAUCUAAUGUAAAAUGGGUAUCAAUGGCAUGAAACCCCUGGGUUCCUCUUUCCCCAUGGCCUGGUGAAAGAUCCUCACCCUGUGUGUGCCCUGCACACCUGGGGAGGGAGCCUGGCUCAGCUGGGAGGGCUGGUACGUUCCCACUGAACACGAGUAUGCCUUAAAUGAUUACACAGGAAUUUGGUUCUGCACUGGUGUUGGGAAGACGAGUUGCCUGAAGAAAAAAACAAUUAGUGCAAAGUAAUCAGGAUUAUUUUAAUUGCAGAAAGCAAAUUCUUCAGCUACCAUACUCUAUAAUUAACCAAACACAUAAAAGCUUAAGUAAUUGGGUUGUCAGGGUGGAGUGAGUUUCACUUUGGAAUGCUGAGUUGUGUGUCAAAGCUUCAGAUAACAAACAGUGGGUGGUCUGGUUGGGGUUUUCACCCUGACACCCUUUUCUGGUUAUUUGAAGUCUGAGUACUGGACAUCUCUUACAUAACAAAAAGGGUUAAUUAUGCCAAAUGUAAAUGGUACCUGUCUAAUACAGGAAGUAGCCUGUCUUUGGAGAUGGGAUAUGCACUAAAUGGCUCUUCUCCAUUUUCCAGAAAACAAAGUCAUCUUGAAAAAAAUUUUUUUUCCUGAAACAUCUGUAAUAAUCAUUCCCAGACUACUCAAACCCACUGAACUCCAAAAUUCAAGACUGACAAUUUGUGGGCUUACACUGAGUCUUGCAGUACAGUUAGUUAGAAAUUGUACUGGAGGUAAUCCUUUUUGAUCUUGCAGUCAGUGGCUAGUAACAAGAGUAAAAUGGAAGCUGUUUUUUGAUAAGACAAAUACUCAAGUCUCUCAGUUUGAAUUAGAUUUUGGGGUUGUUUUUUUCCUCUAAAAAAGCUUAAUUGUUAUUUCUUCUGUUAUCACACUACUCAGACUAGAUUUCUUAAGCCAACUUUUCCUAGAGGUGUCUUAAUGAAAGAGGAUGUUUGUCAUUCCACUUCUCAUUGCAUGGAAAACAUUUGUAACUGGUUGUGUCUGGUUUAAGGGUGAAAUUAACUUUUUCCAGUGGUCAAGGUUUCUCUUUCUUAUCCCCAUUGUGACUGCAGCACUGAAGCUUCUCCACACCAGCAUCUCCAGUGGUUCAACACUUAGAGGUUUUAGAGCCAAUAUUGUUGUAUAUUGGCCAGAAUUGAUGUAUUGUCUUGAAGUAAAUAAUAGUGGGUGAGGGAACAAUGAUGUGAUGUAGCAGCUCCCUCCACUUCACUGCAAUCAACUGCAUUGCCCAGCUGUAGGUAAUUACAGUACUUUUCAAAUACUUUUUAAAUCUAGGAUUGUCUUAAAGAUUAUGAUUAAAAUACCUAACCUAAAA